CCCUCUGUUUAGCGCGUAAUUAUUACACAUGCUUCUCCAACUCCCAGAACCGCUCGGCUUUGUCCACGCUCCUGACUUUGUGCCUCGGCUGGACCCUGCCCAGCAACGGCCUAGCACGACGUCGCCAGGACAUGGCUGUGUCUCAUCUGACUGGCCACUGCCGGUGAUAUGAAUAUCAUCACCCGUCCCUCAGCAUCUCCCCGACCUCCUGUCCGACCUGACCUUCUCUCUUGUACCAUCGCAGCCCGGAUCCGCUCCCGUAAUUUACUCUGAAACUUUUGUCACGCCGUAUUUGAAGAUGCCUUUCGACACGGAGCUGACCCGCCGGCUCGGCAUCGCUGUCCCUGUUGUUCAGGGUGGCAUGCAGCAUGUUGGAUACGCUGAGAUGGCGAGCGCUGUGUCCAACGCCGGCGGCUUGGGCAUUAUUACUGCCCUCAUCUUCCCAGAGCCCGAGGGCCUUCGCCAGGAGAUCCGGAAGUGCCGGAAGCUGACCAGCAAGCCAUUCGGUGUCAACAUCACUCUCCUGCCUGCUCUCGUCCCCCCAAAUUACGAGGCCUACGCCCAGGUCAUCAUUGACGAGGGCGUCAAGAUCGUCGAGACUGCCGGCAACUCUCCCGGGCCUGUGAUUUCCAAGCUCAAGAAGGCCGGCUGCAUUGUCCUCCACAAGUGCACGACGAUCAGGCAUGCUCAGUCCGCCGUUAAGCUCGGCGUCGACUUUUUGAGCAUUGAUGGUUUCGAGUGCGCUGGCCACGUUGGUGAAUCAGACAUCACCAACUUUAUCCUCCUCAGCAAGGCGCGCCAGACCCUCAAGGUGCCCUUCAUCGCCUCUGGUGGCUUUGCUGAUGGCCAAGGUCUGGCCGCCGCCCUGUGCCUCGGUGCCUGCGGCGUCAACAUGGGCACCCGGUUCCUGUGCACGGUCGAGUCCCCUAUCCACCACAACAUCAAGGAGCAGAUUGUCAAGGCGCAGGAGACCGACACCACGCUCGUCCUCCGCCGGUGGCGCAACACCACCCGUCUGUACAAGAACAAGGUGACGGAACAGGCGCUCAAGGUUGAGCAGGAGAGCAAGACGGGCGAGUUCUCCGAGAUUGCUCCCUAUGUCAGCGGAAAGCGCGGCAGAGAGGUGUUCAUCAACGGAGACCCAGAGUACGGUGUCUGGACUGCUGGUCAGGUUAUCGGUCUCAUCAACGACAUCCCGACCUGCAAGGACCUGGUUGCGAGAAUCGAGAGGGAGGCCGAGGAUACUCUCAAGGAGCGACUUGCGUUGGUUAAGCCGGCGCCUAAGCUAUAG